AUGCCUGGACUCAGCAGCGUGUGGCGAUGGCUACGCGGGGAGCCGGCGAUCCCAGGCGUCGUGUACAGUGAUCAGCUUCAGAACGUCAAAGAGGAGCUCGAGUGCCAGCAAAACAUCCGGUGGGCCGGCAACCUGCGCAACGUACGGCUCGAGUCGGCGCCGGACCUCAUCGUGCGCACCAGCAGCAGCACUGCCGCACUACCUGGCCCGGAGGCGGAGCCGUACACCUUCUGGGAGCGUAUCGGGCUUGUCCCGGUGCACCCUUCGCGUGUGCGUGCAAGGCAGUAUUAUCACCCAAUCACGGAUUUCGCCCUGUACGACUAUGACGAAAUCUCGCCAGAGGAGAAGGAGCUCACGGCGAAGUGGAUGGCACGCGUUAUGGAGUUCAACGGUGCAACGCCUGCCGGCAUCCUCUGUGCAGCGGGCUGCGUGGUACUUCCAUUGCACACGGUCUACCGUAUGCCACUUCUGGUCGCGGCUGGCAUCACCGGCGUGGCGGUGGAGGUGACACGGGCGUACAUGGCGGCCUCACAGCAGCGGCAGGACUUGGACGACUUCCUGCUCGCGAAGGAGAUCUGGUAUAUAAAAAAUGUGGAAACCUACCAGCUCGGCCUCCCCCGCAUCCCCCGCGGGCGUGAGCGAGAGUACCAGCAGUACGUCGAUGGAGGGGGGUCGAUGCAGUCACAAGACCUUCCUGAGGAGCUGGCGCGAGACUUGCACCUUUGA